AUGGAAAGCGCUGAAUCGGUUCGUGUUAUUGCAAGAAUACGUCCAUCGGCAUGCGAUAGCGAGCGGAUAACAUACGUACUUGAUGUUUCCAAUCCAAGUGAGCCGAGGAAUUACGCAUUUGAGGCGGUUUUCGAUGAGACGAUUCCGCAGGAGCAAGUAUAUCGAGAAGUUGCCAACCAUAUCGUAGACGGAUGUGUAAACGGAUUCAAUGGAACCAUUUUCGCAUAUGGUGAGUAUACAAUUCCAAAUCAUAUCCCUAGCACGCUACGCAAGUUGUCAUACUUUAGGCCAAACCGGCUCAGGAAAAACUUAUACAAUGUUCGGACCUCCCCAAGUCGACAAUUUUAUUGUAAAUGCUGA